AUGAUGCCCAUUCAUUAUUAGAGACAACUGUCGCAGAAAUCCAGAAGAACUCCCGUCUCCACCAACAGUAUGUAUUUAUAUCACCUCCUCCAUUACCACACUUUUAUAUCCCAUUUUCAUAUAGACAAUAUUGUAGGAUUGGAUUCGCUGUUACACUAACGAAUAAUCAUAGACCUCGUGCAAAAAGAGUCAAACUAAUCCCCUGGAAUCACAGUCAUGAAAUUAUAAAAGCACAGUAGCUUCACCCUCAAACCUAAUAGAUUGCCAUCCCUUAAGAUGCUUAAAGAUUACGGACUCACAGAGGAAGAGAAAGGAACUUACGGAGAUAGGUAAUUGUUGGGUUUCGACAAGCUUGAACUCUUGGGAAGGGGAGGAUUUGCCCUGGUCUGGUUGGCAUCCAAAGGCAAUCAGAAGGUGGCAUUGAAACAAAUAGCCAAACCACAAUAGAGCAAGGAGGCAAAGUUCAGUUACAUCAAAUCCGAUAACAUAGUUUAGAUCAUGGGAGUCGAACAUUCAAACAAAGAUACCUGGAUUAUACAGGAGUUGGGAGGCAAACCACUAAGCAAAGUGCUCUACACCAUGAAAGGCGAAUUCUACAAGGGAGAAAGAGUCUAUGCGAUAAGUGAGACUCAAUAAUUGUUGGACAUGUAUGAACAUCCACAAAAACUCAUCGAAUUAAUGCAUGGAAUUUUGAAUGGAAUCUCAUGUAUCAAUGACAAACGUGUCACUCAUUUCGAUCUCAAACCAGACAAUAUAUUAGUUGAAAAUAACAUACCCAAGAUCAUAGAUUUUGGAUCAGCAUUCUCAAAUGAGGACAAGGAUCAAUUCGGAAUGAUAACUCCUGAAUACAUGGCUCCUGAAGCCCUUGAUAUCAUGCAUAAUUGGACCAAAUACUCAAAUCAAUACAACAGCUAAAUUGAAGCCCUUACUCAAAUGCAUGGGACUCCAAAAAUAGAUGUUUGGAGUUACGGGGCAAUAAUACUUGACAUAUUACAUGGUGUUCCUAAUUGGCUAUCCUAUAAAGGGAAAAUCAUGAGAUAAGGAAGACCCUAAAUCAAGUAUGGCUUAUUUGCUGUCAAAGGAAGAGAUUUAAGCAAAAUCAUCUAAAAACAAUAGCAAUUGCAACUGAAUUCAGUCGUAAGACAGAACUGCAAUUAUCUAUCUUUAGUCAAAUAAAAUUAACUCCUAGAUUUACUAAAACAAUGUCUAGCCUAUGAUCCAGCUCAGAGAUCAGAAGCCAAAGAAUUACUAAAACACGAAUUCUUUAAUUAAAUCUGA